AUGGAUCCUUUCGGCCAAUCUCCGGCUGAGCCUGGCUCCGUCAUGAGCUCGUUGUUUGGUGGUGGAGGACAAACGCCGGCAUCGAAUCAAAAUCACGGUUCGUCGUGUAUUUUAAACUUUAUUUGUUAAUUAAGGUGUCAGUUCUAUUUUGAAUCCUAACUCAAUUAUGGGAAACUCGAUUCUGGGGCCAGGAUCUUUGAUGAGCGGAACUGGACCAGGUUCAGUGUUUGGCUUGAACCCGCAUUCUGUUAUUGGACAAACUCCUCAAUCAAACGUUAUAAAUCAUGGUCCGGGAUCGAUUUUGGGCGGUUUGGGUGGAUCAGUCAACGGCCCUGGAUCUGUUUUGAAUCCAUCGUCUGUUUUAAAUGGGCCUGGUAGUGUCUUAAACAAUCUCAACAACCCACCUUCUGUUUUAAACAAUGUCAGAGGACCAGGUAACUUGGUUUUAUCGCUCGAUGAAAAUAUGUUUUAGCGUUGUGAUAGACAAAGCUUAAAAGAGUGCGGAAUGGAUAUUUGUGCGGAGACUUGGCGUUGCCAUUUGCCAAGCUGUAUAAAAGAGGCUUGUUGCUUCUCAUUCACUUCAAAAAUCUUGCAGAUUCGGUAAUGAACAGUCAAAACGGUCCAGGUUCAGUUUACGCUGAGAGAGAGCCAGCUUCAGUCAUGAACCUUCAUGGUAUUCCUCAAUAUGGAGAUGCUCCGCCAUCUGUAAUGCCCUUGGCCGUUCCUAUGACUCCUUUACAAGGCGAUUUCCAAGGUAAUAGAGAUCUAAUGCCGGCCUCGAACAUUCCUGCUACUGUACAGCCUCCAACUCCCAUGAGUGUUGCCAUCGACGUUCCAUCGCCAACUUUACAGAAUAUUGUAUCUACUGUCAACCUGGGAGUUCAAUUGGAUCUUAAGAAGAUUGCUUUGCAUGCCAGAAAUGCGGAGUACAAUCCUAAACGUUUUGCUGCUGUUAUCAUGAGAAUCCGAGAGCCAAGAACGACAGCUUUAAUAUUUUCAUCUGGGAAGAUGGUUUGUACUGGAGCUAAGUCAGAAGAAGCUAGCAGGUCAGUGUUUUCUUAUUCUUAUUAUAUAGAGCAUAUACGUUUGUAAAAGUAUUAUUUAAUUUAGCACAUUUAUUCAAAGAUGUUUCAAAAUGGAUAUUUUUGGCUUUUAAAACCUUUUUUUAGAUUGGCCGCCCGAAAGUACGCUCGGAUCAUCCAAAAACUGGGAUUCGACGCCAAGUUCACGGAAUUCAAAGUGCAGAACAUGGUGGGAUCGUGCGAUGUAAAGUUCCCUAUUUUGUUGGAAGCGCUGUGUAUUAAGCACGCACAGUUCUCAACGUACGAACCAGAACUCUUUCCCGGUCUUAUUUACCGGAUGGUUAAACCUCGAGUAGUUCUCUUAAUUUUCGUUUCUGGGAAAGUAGUUAUUACAGGCGCCAAGUUUAAGCGCGACAUUGACGAGGCUUUUAACCAGAUCUACCCCAUCCUCAAGGGUUUCAAGAAGUAA